GUUUCAAUUUUCAAUUUUCGGUUUCAGAACCUUUAGACUCGCCGACUUCUCUACUCGUCUCCAGAAAUCGAGUUUCAAGGUCACUGGUGAAAUUGUUGUAAUCCCGGCGGUUGCUUCUUCUAGGGUUCCCCUGUAUUUCACAGUUCAAACAUGUCGUCGCUGCGUAAUUGUGUUCCACGGCCUGCUCAUAAGGAGCGAUCUCAGCCGCAAGCGAGAAAGAAGUUUGGUCUCCUCGAGAAGCAUAAGGAUUAUGUUAUCCGAGCUAAAGCUUAUCACAAAAAGCAGGAUACUUUAAAGAUACUUAGGCAGAAGGCGGCAUUCAAGAAUCCAGAUGAAUUCAACUUUAAGAUGAUCAAUAGUAAAACAGAUCGUGGAAAUCAUAGACCAAAGGAUGAGGUAAAUAAAUACUGUGCGGAAGAGCUCAUGAUAAUGAAGACCCAAGAUAUAGGAUAUGUGUUCCAAAAAUGGCAGAGUGAGAAAAACAAAAUUGACAAGCUUACUUCAUCACUGCAAUGUACUGAGGGUCAGUCAAGCCGUAGACAUGUUUACUAUGCAGAAGACAGAGAGGAGGCUAGAGAACUGGAGUCAGAAAGUAGAAGCAGAAGUGAUAUCUCUGCGAGAGGGAUCCCGAGAGAUAUUCAAAAGAAAAUGGAUAGGUCCUAUAGAGACCUUGAGGCACGGAGGAGCAGGGCUAAUAAUUUGGAAAAGUUAUACGCGGAUAUGUCAAUGCAGAAGGAAUUACAGAAAAAGGGUCGCAAACGUAAGCUGCGUGAAGACGAGAUACUCAAUCCAAAUGGCAAACCGGUAUACAAAUGGCGGGCCUAGGCCUGAUUAAAAUACCCGGAUCCGAAUAUCCGAUCCGAAUCCGAUCCAAAAAACCCGAUCCGAAUCCGUAUCCGAAAUUGUAAAAUACUCAAACGGGUUCUAAAUCUCUAAAUCCGAAAAUCCGAAUUCGAACCCGAUCCGAACCAAAAUCUGAACGGGUAUCCGAAUAUACCAACAUUAUUAAUAUAUAGUAGUAAUAUAUUAGUAAUAU